AGGAUCUGAGCUCUAUUGAUCAGAGAGAAGGAGGGAGUGUGUGUGUAGAGAGAGAGAGGGAGGCAGGGCAGUGCCCUGGUUCUGCUGGGAGAUUGCUCAGGAAGUUGCCAGCAGCCCAUUCUUAAAAGAUUUCAUUAUUUUAUUUUGGUCACGUUGUGCUGUGCCGACAAGAGAUGGGAUUUUAAAUGGUCUGAUGUAGAGAGCGAGAGCAGGCUUGAUGCUCCUACCCCUGUGUUUCAUCCAGGCGCUGUGCAAACCUCUCGCCCUUUGUAUGUGGCAACAAAGGCAGAGCUGGGAAGGGCGUGGUUUCUGCCCGCUGAUGUGACAGAAGGCGGUGUUGUGUGGCAUGGCAUCCUCUGGUUCCUCUCCUGGUCAACUACAAGAUCGGAAGGGGGAGGAAGUUGAGCCCCAGUUGUGCAGCAUGGCCGUGGGCCCAGCAGCGGUUGAAGAGAAUACCCUCGAUCAGGUGUCUGUGUCUGAAGGUCAACACACAGUGGAAGAGCAGAUGUCGAAACCAGGUAGCCACUUGACUGAAGAGUUGGAGUCGUCUUCAGAGGAAGAAUCUGGUGAAGAAUACGACUUUGAUAGUGAAGAAUGUGAGUGUGUGGAGAUCAAGCCCCAGCUGGCGUCACUACCUGGGAGACUGGACGAUGAUCAGGUUGCGGAUGUAUCCCAGACCGCAUCAGUAACGGACCCAACACACUCAACCCAAUCUGUCCUGUCUGUUACCAAUUCCAUCGUGCAUCCGAUCAGCAAUGACUCUGCGCCCACAGCCCUGUUGCCAUGGAACCUUUCCUCUGCCUUGCGCCCUGAAUCCACCAGCAGCUGUGAGGCCGAUAUCAAAGAUGGAAUCUGGAACGAAACCUUCUUGUACAACGCUCAGCCUAUCCUGGCUACAUGUCCAUCACCAGACACUGAGGUCGAUGUCAUCUACGAUGAUGUUGCUUGUGACGAUCAAUCUCCACAGGAACAGGUGCCUAUGGAAGAGCUGAUUUAUGAAGAUGUUCACCGCCAAGCUGGCUGUGCCAGUCCCAUCCGGCUGGAGGAAGGCUGGAGUUCCAGUGAGUUUGAGAGCUACGAUGAGCACUCUGAUGAGGAGAGCAAAGGUGGAGGAGAGCAGCAAAGAUCCAAAGCCGCCCUGCAGCCAAAACUCUCCCCGGAUCUCAGUAGGCUGAAGGAGAAGUACACCAGGACUAAGAGAGAAUUCCUGGCCAUGAAAGUCAGGGGCAGAGACGUUCAGGAACUGAAACUGCGCUAUGAUUCCAAGAUGCAACAGUUCAUGAAGGCGGCAAGGAAUGGGACUAAAGGCGGAUUGGAGAAGACAAAAAAUGCAGUCUUGCGUAAAGUAUCCUUCCUUCAAAAGAGAGAGUCUCAAGAUCAGUAUGAAGAGGAUGAUGCUGGCUAUCUUGAUGUUCCGGUGUCUGACUCAAAACAUCCUCCACCAGAGCUUUGCCCGAUGCCACCGGGGCUGAGUCCUCAGCAGAUCAUACGAAGGCACAUUUUGAGUUCAAUUGUGCAAAGUGAACGGAGUUACGUUGAAUCUCUGAAACGAAUCCUACAGGAGUACAAGAAGCCACUACUGGAGGCUGAGCCCAAGCUGAUGAGCUUGAGGAAGCUGCGUGUGGUGUUUCACCGUCUGAAGGAAGUUCUGCAAUGUCACUCCAUGUUCCAGAUCGCCCUGUCUUCCCGCGUGGCUGAGUGGGAUGCCACGGAGAAAAUCGGCGACCUCUUUGUAGCUUCGUUCUCAAAGUCGAUGGUGCUGGAUGUUUACAGUGACUAUGUGAACAACUUCACCAAUGCUAUGGCCCUCAUUAAGAAGGCCUGCCUAACCAAACCUGCUUUUCUUGAAUUCCUAAAGAAGAAGCAAGCGUCUAACUCUGACCGGAUAACGCUCUAUGGGCUGAUGGUGAAGCCAAUCCAGCGAUUCCCACAGUUUAUUCUGUUGCUUCAGGAUAUGCUAAAGAACACGCAGGAGUCCACGCGAAUGUGUCCUUGCAGCUGGCUCAACGGUAAACGUAAUAUGCACACUAGAACGUUUCUCUUUGUUCCCAUCCCUGUGCAGUUGCUGUGUGGUGGCCAGCGGCAGGUGGUCCUGUGUGAGACUCUGACGGAGACUGUUUAUGGGGAGAGGGGGCAGAUCCUGAAAUCCAAGGAGCGUCGGGUGUUCAUGUUGAACGACCUCCUCGUGUGUGCCAACAUCAAUGUCAAGAACCAGCCAGACAUCGGCAGCCUGGUCCCUGUUGGCCCCAAGUACACGGUGAAAUGGACGGCUCCACUCCUGCAGGUCCAGGUGGUGGAGGUGGGACAGGAAGGGAAAGGCUACGACAAGGACACCAUCAUCUUUCAGCACCCAGGGAGCAAAAAGGCCUCUAACUCUCUCUCAACGAAGAUUUACAUGGGACCUCCUCGUCUUUAUCAAGAGCUUCGGGAACUGCAGCAGGAUCUGGUGGUGGUGACCCAGAUCAUGCAGCUCAUCAGCACACUCAACGGCAUGUAUCGGAACCUAAACCUUGCUGUGGCUCGAGACUGGUGCAGAGCGCUGCAGAGACUGGUCAGGAUUAAGGAGGAUGAGAUCCAGUCAGCAAACAGGUGCCAUCUCCGUCUCCUGUUACCAGGGAAACCGGACAAGUCCGGCAGGCCGGUUAGCUUCAUGGUGGUGUUUAACACACCGAACCCACGCAGUAAGAUCACCUGGGUUAACCAGCUACACAUGGCUAAAGUUGCACUAACGACAGACAACCAGCCUGGCUGGUUCUGUAUUGAGGAUGAUGGGAAGACCAAGAGCCCGUUCUGGUGCCCCCUGCUCGCCUAUCGCAUGCCCAUGUACAGCCCUAGGUGUCAGGACCUGAAGCCCGAGGCAGCUCUUCACACUCCCGUGCAAUCAUCCCUACUUGGGAUUUCCACUGCCAGCACCUGUCUGGCACAGGGCUACCUGUGGAUUGGCAGUGGGCGAGAGCAUGGUCAAGGGCAGGUUGACCUUUUCUCACUGAACCGAUCCUUCCCCAGGCUGGUCAAGUCUUUCCCGGUCAGCUCGGGGGUCUUGUGCAUGGAAUACAUCCCACAACAGUCCAGGAGUGAGGAGGACAUUGAUUGUCCAUUGGAGAAACCAGCAGACAAUCCAAUUAUUGUUAUGGGACUUCAGGAUGGAAGCAUGGUGGGCUACAGUGGAGUUGACAUGGCUGCCCAGUCUUUGUUUACAUGCCAAAGCCCAGGAGGAGUGGCUGUCGUGUGCCUGAGGCAUUUGCUGACUCUGGUGUUUGCGGGGCUACAGGAUGGCAGCGUGGCGGUGUACAGCAGAUCGGCCGAGGGGAGUUGGGACUGGGAUUGUCCCCGGUUGGUGAAAGUUGGUUCAUCUCCAAUCGUCUCGUUGUUGGUUGUGGACGACACAAUGUGGGCUGCCUGUGGCAAUCGGGUCACAUUGAUCGAUGUGAAUUGCUUCACCACAAGGUGCCUGGAUGCGCAUCCGGAUGAAGCGGUCAGCGUGACCCAGAUGGUCAAAGCUGGAGGUGGAGUGUGGAUGGCCUUCUCCGCGGGAUCCAACAUCCGAUUAUUCCACACGGAAACCCUGGAACAUUUGCAGGAAAUCAACGUGGUUCCACGCAACACCCCCUUCACUGCAGGACAAAGGAACAUCUUAGUGACGUGCUUGCUGGUUUGCCAAGGAAUGCUCUGGGUUGGGACCAAUGAAGGAAUGUUAGUUACUUUACCAGUUCCAAAACUUGAAGGAAUUCCAAAAGUUACAGGGAAGGGAAUGAUCUCGUUAAAUGCCCACUGUGGACCUGUGGAGUUUCUAAUCCCCACCAUUGGCUCGAUGGACUUGGAGCUGUUGAAGAGUGAAUCGACUGAAGACGUGCAUGUCUUCGCAGAGGCCGACGGCAAAGAUGACCCUUCCUCUCCGGGCCCCGUACAGGACCUGCAUCAGGACAAGAAGCAGGGGAUCCCUCUGUGUUACAAUCUCCACUCCACCUCCCACCUGCCUGGCCACUUACUGUCUGCUGGUGAGGACGAGGUUCAGGACAGUGGGACAUCCCCAGAGCACGGCAUCGAGGACGGCUCCAUCUAUGAGAUAGUGGACGACCCAGACGUGUGGGUGAGGAGCAGGUCUUCCACCCGUGAGGCAGUCAGGAGGGAGAAGGUCAGCUCGGUGGCCAUUGCCUCCGGAGGCAGAGGCUGCCAGAGCUUCAACAGAGACUUCAAAGCCACCGUACACACAAACAGUGAGAACAUGUUGCUGAUCUGGCAGAUUCCACUGACGCUGUAAUCUUGCCACAAUGUGUGUGUGUUUGUACAAUGAUGCCACUGGGAGUGUGGGACUGUGCCCUGCUCACUUGCUGCAGCCCCAAGGGUUUAGAAGGGAAUAGUCUCUCACUGAGCUAAGUACUCGCUAAUCGGGAAGAUGUACUUGGUACAAGGAUGUCACUUUCACAUCAACUUCCUUUGCAUGUGGUUUCUCUGAGGGUGGGUGAGCUGGGCAAAGCUUCGACAAGGGGCAGGGAGUGUGUAUUGUGCCAUCAUUUUUGUUUUCUUUCUCAUUCCCUUGCUCUGACUAACUGGUGGUCUUCUUCCCACCUGGAAGUCACUGAACUCUCAGUGUCUUGCUUUGACGAAAUGGGAACGUUGAAUAUUUUCCUCGACGUCCACACCCUGUCAUUCCCCGCAUCUCUCCAGGCGGGAGAACGGCCUCAUUGGGCGCUGGCUGCCCAAAUGGCCAAUCCUUGUGUGUGUGGGUGCCUGGAACAUAGUUGAGGGUGGAGGUCACUGAAGUGGGACUUGAGGCGAUAUUCACACACGUGCACUUUCCAGCAGAGGUCACUGGAUCACCAUUGGGAGCGGAAGGAAACUCUGGCGCUUACAGACGUUGACUGGUUCUCACCUCUGGCCAUUUUCUUCCCGUUUAAGGGGCAGCGAGCUCGUCGUGGUGCAUCACUAGAUACUGACUUACCCUUGGGGAAGGUGCAGGACUGAAGCCUUCAGUCAGAUAGGAAAAUAAUCUGGGGCAGAGGGAUUUGCCAAAAUAAAGAUCUCUUUGUUGGUUGUAAGUGGUUAUCUACACAAUGCGGUGAUUCUCUUUCAACCUUUGAAUGUGUUUCAUUCACGUUAUCCAAGAGUUCGGUGUCACUAUUCCUGAUCUAGACUGAAGGAUGGGGUCAGACUCUUGUUUUGUGUGACAUCUACUCCACAUUCAUCAAAUCACUUACAUUGUAGCACGCACCCCAAUAAUUGCCACCCUUAUUCUCACACUUAUUGAGCUUCCAAAAACCACCCCGACAUCUGACCUUGUCUGCUGGGUUACACAACAUAGUUCAGGCUGUCACCAACACUUUGCACUAUUGGUUCUGAACAUUUAAACAGCAGAACCCCUUUCAUACUCUUUGUUGUGUGUUGUGUGUGUGUAGAAUUUGUUCAGGAUGGGUGCGUUGGGCAGGGAAUUGCACCAUUCCGCCUACUUUUUAAACCAUCGCAUUUCUAAAUAUUUUUCACGUCAAAAUGAAUGGAAGUAUUCAGCUGUUUUAAAAAUAAUUGUGAACAAAACAAAUGUAAGAAUACCAAAACUGUUCCAAUCAUUUUCUCCCCCCCAAGAUAGAAAAUUGCAUCACUCCUCUGGCUGGAUGGGAAGAAUUGCAGAGUUCCAACUUUCAGUGUUUUGAUGCUUGUGUCCACAUUAUAUUUCUGACUUUGAACCUACAAGUGGAAAAAGGUGUUUUAAGGUGUAAAAUAUCAGAAACAUUUCUGAUCUCCACAAAGGGUAACUUUUUGAAUGCUGCAUGAUAAUUUGGGAAUAGUUGGUGUGUUUUUAGAAUCGUGUAAGUAUAUGUUUACAGCACAGAACAACAUUAUUUGUUCGUUGUAUCUGUGCCAGCUCUGGGCUACUGACAUGUAAAUAUUGACUGUUUGAAAGCUAUAGCUAUAGUAUUUACUCAGGGUUUGAAAUUCCCCAGAAGGAUGCUGUCUCGUCGCAUGCUGAAAACAUUCCAGGGAAUAUUCCUUGCUCCUGUCCAUUGUGGAGCAGCUGAAUGAACUGGAUCCGGCUCCAUGUGCAUCCAUGGCAGGCAACCUUCACAAAGCCACUUCUCUCCACUAUAAAACAUUGGUUUAAA